AUUGUGUUUCACUUAGAAGAAUUUCACAACUUAAUAUUUUCUCUUAUAAUCUCAGGAUAAUUUUUUCUUAUGUAAAUUUAUAAUUAAACUGAUAAUAAAUAACUGAUAUUUUAAAAAACUAUUAUCUACAUUAUAUAUAUAUAUAUUUGAUAGUUUAGUAUGUUGCUAGUAUAAGUAAGCUACCUCGCUUAAAUGCGCCGCAAAAUUUAAUAUAUAAAAUCUGAGAAUUUUAUAUAUGAAAAAUGGUUUUUGCCAUAACUAGAGCCUGUUGUUUAUUUUUCCGUGCUAGCACAGGAUUUAAAAAUAAUUAUAAAAAUUAUAAACACUUAAAAAUCUGUUCAGUAAAUUUCUCCAUAAAAACUGAUAUCUCUCCUCUAGAAGAAGAGGUCCCAAAAUUAAUACCUCCAAUUGGAGAUGGAAAAAUAUUUGAAACUGUAGAAGAUGCUAUAUCGGAUAUGCCAGAUGGUGCUAAACUUCUGAUUGGUGGAUUUGGACUUUGUGGAAUUCCUGAAAAUUUAAUUUCAGCUGUGUUGAAACGAGGUUCUAAAGAUUUAACUGUUAUUUCAAAUAAUGCAGGAAUUGAAGAUUUUGGAUUAGGUAUACUAUUAAAAGAAUGUAGAAUUAAAAGAAUGAUUUCUUCUUAUGUUGGUGAAAAUCCUGAAUUUGAGAAGCAAUAUCUUAGUGGUAAAUUAGAAGUUGAAUUAACUCCACAAGGUACACUGGCAGAACGUAUUCGAGCAGGAGGAGCUGGAAUUCCAGCUUUUUAUACUCCCACAGCAUAUGGAACAAUAGUACAAGAGGGUAAUGUUAUUAUAAAGUAUGAUGAAAAUGGAAAUGCAGAAAUAUCUGGAGAACCAAAAAAUACAGCACAGUUCAAUGGCAGAAAUUAUGUCUUAGAAACUGCUAUUACUGGAGAUUUUGCUCUUGUGAAAGCUUGGAAAGCAGACAAAGCUGGUAAUCUAAUCUUUAGAAAAUCAGCUAGGAAUUUUAAUCCAGUAAUGUGUAAAGCAGCUAAAAUUGCUAUUGCUGAAGUAGAGGAAAUUGUAGAAAUUGGACAAUUGGAUCCUGAUCAGAUUCAUUUGCCUGGAAUUUAUGUAGAUAGGAUUGUCAAAGGUCUUUCAUAUGAGAAACGCAUUGAGAAACGAUUUACGAAACAAAAUAUAAAACCUAAAAAAAUAACACCAGCAAGUAAAGCAAGGGACAGAAUUAUUAGACGAGCUGCAUUAGAAUUCAAAGAUGGAAUGUAUGCAAAUUUGGGAAUUGGUAUACCUAUGCUGGCUUGUAAUUAUGUUCCUAAGAAUGUAAAAAUAACUUUACAAUCCGAAAAUGGUAUCCUUGGUGUGGGACCAUUUCCAAAUGAGUCAGAAGUUGAUCCAGAUUUAAUAAAUGCUGGAAAAGAAACAGUUACAGUUUUUCCAGGAGCUUCUUUUUUUAGCAGUGAUGAAAGCUUUGCAAUGAUCAGAGGAGGUCACAUUGAUUUAACAAUACUUGGUGCUAUGCAAGUGUCAGAAAAUGGAGAUCUGGCUAAUUGGAUGAUUCCAGGUACUAUGGUGAAGGGAAUGGGUGGAGCAAUGGAUUUGGUUUCUGCAGCAAGUACAAAAGUAAUAGUCACUAUGGAACAUAAAGCUAGAGAUGGGAGUCCAAAAAUUUUGAAAAAUUGUACUUUGCCUGUUACAGGUCAACAAUGUGUCGACCUAAUAAUUACAGACAUGGCAGUAUUUGAAGUGGUUCAAGGAGAAGGAUUGAAAUUAAUUGAAAUCGCACCUAAUAUUGAUAUUAGUGAUAUUGUUAGUUCUACUGGUUGUGAAUUUUCGGUAGUUGAUGAUCUUAAAGAAAUGGGACAAGUGAAUUUAGAUGAUUGUCAAUAAAUAUACAUUCUUAUAUUCUUUUAAAUAUAAAAAAUAGAUAUCAAAAAUUUGUUUUUAAGAAAAACAAAGGGAAAUAUUGAUAUCAGGAAAGUAAUAAUUAAACUAUUAUUUUUAAAUUAU